UCUGCAAAUGUGGAGGCCCAGUGUGCAGGUGUCUCAGAGGAUAAUGCUCAUUUGUCAACAACCAGUCAAGGAUAUGUUUUACCAGAAGGAAAAAUCAUGCCAAACACAGUCUUUGUUGGUGGAAUUGAUAUAAGGAUGAAUGAAGCAGAAAUUCGGAGUUUCUUCGAACGAUAUGGUGCUGUGAAAGAGGUGAAAAUAAUCACUGACAGAACUGGUGUUUCCAAAGGGUAUGGAUUUGUAUCUUUCCUGGACAACGUGGAUGUUCAAAAAAUAGUAGAAUCACAAAUCAACUUCCAUGGCAAAAAGCUGAAACUGGGGCCAGCAAUUAGAAAGCAACAAAACUUGUGUUCUUAUGUGCAUCCCAGACCAUUAGUCUUCAAUCCUCCUGCACCACAGUUCCAUAGUGUAUGGGGUAGUCAAAAUACAGAGACGUACAUGCAGCCUCCAGCUGUAAUGAGCCCAGUAACACAGUAUGUGCAGACAUAUCCAUACAGUUCACCAGCUUUAUUGAUACAGCAGCAAGUUCCUGUAGGAUAUCAGCCAGCCUACAACUAUCAGGUUCAACCACAAUGGCUUGCUGGGGAGCAAAGAAAUUAUGUUAUGCCUCCGGUUUAUACUUCAGUAAGCUACCACUGCACUGAGGACCCAGAAUUUAUACAGACAGAAUGUGCUGUUCCAGAACCCACGCAGUCGUCUACUAACAGUCCACAAAAGAAGUCUGUGGACAGGAGCAUACAAACAGUAGUAUCCUGUCUGUUUAAUCCUGAGAACCGUCUGAGGAACACCUUUGUAUCACAAGAUGACUACUUUAAGGAGAGAAAGGUGCAUCACUUCAGAAAAGGAAGAGCAGUACUCAAAAGUGUUUGA